CCGGAGCGGGUUGUAGCCGGAGGGUGGAGACUCGGCAAGCGGAGAGGAGGGAGGCAGCGGGGAUCUCAGCUGGAGCAGAAACAGAGAGAGAGAGACAGAGAGAGAGAGAGAGUACGGAGGGAGAAGUGUGUGUGUGGAUGUACUUUGCUCGCCUCGCUCGCCAACUGAGUGUGUGGAUACUACUCCACAGCGCUGGAUGCGUGGGGGCUUCGCUAAGAAGAAGAGAGAGAGAAAAAAAAACCUAAAGAAAGACGGAGAGCGUGGCAGACGCAAGCCUCUGACCGAGCGGGUGGCAGACACCAGGGCAGGAGGCGCAAGGAGGAGCAAGCAGACAAGGCUGAGCAGACAGGAACUGAGCGGGAGCGCCCAUGGCGAGUAACAACACGGCCAGCAUCGCACAGGCCAGGAAGCUGGUGGAGCAGCUGAAGAUGGAGGCCAACAUUGACAGGAUAAAGGUGUCCAAAGCAGCAGCAGACUUAAUGUCUUACUGCGAAGCUCAUGCCAAAGAGGACCCCCUGUUGUCCCCGGUGCCAGCGUCAGAAAACCCGUUCAGGGAGAAGAAGUUCUUCUGCGCCAUCCUGUAAACCCAGCAUGGCCGCCUGCUGCCGGAGGGACUUUGAACGCAGACGUUCAGAACCCGCAGAAAUCGUCUAAUAGGAGGGCAUCGCAUUGUCCUCUCAAACGCUUGGCAUUUAAAGAGAUCCAAUCAACAGAGUAAACAUGUAACCAAUGAAGGGGGUGUUAUGUUUUUUUUUGUUGUUGUUGUUUUUUUGGAGGAUAUGCGGCAUGUAGGAGGGAUUUGUACUUUUAGGUGACUGAAAAGGGAAGAUGAUGGGAGCGAUAAACACCCAGGGACGUGACGGAAAACCAAUCAACCGACCGGGUUUUCAGGCUCUAUUGUGUAUAAAUUUCAAAAACAGAUGAAGUCAUGGAUAUUGUUUUGUUGCUGUUUGGGGACCAUCAGGUGAAGCACCACAGGGACAAGCAGCCAAAACUCUUGACGCCGCCCGAUUAUUAUUGGAAUGUGUCAUUUUUUUUAAUUUUUGAAGUUGUUUGCGUUUUUACCAAUUUCACCGAGAUAAUCUUUCUAUAACUGUACGUAGGUGACUGAUGAAGCCUUUAUCUUUUGCUCUUUCUUUUUGUUUUAUAAACCAACGGGUUAGUGAAAGCUUCUUUUUUUUUUUUAAAUCGCGGGACGUUUCUCUCUGUACACCUGUCUGAAAGUCUUCAGUCUUCUGUGAAUUGUACAAAUACGAUGCAGUUUGUCUCCUUCGGACUCAAUCCCUCUUUCUACUGUUUGUACAAAGUGACUAGCAGAUAAACUGUGCUGUGGCGUGAGCUCGA